AUGAAUGUAACACUAAGUGAACAAGAACUUUAUGAAAUUCGUCAAGCAUUUUCAUCUGUGGAUGAUGAUAAUGAUGGAUUAAUACGUACAAAAGAUCUUCCAACUAUUUUUAAGCAGUUCGGAGAAAAUCUUCAAUCAUUUAUUAUCGAAGAAGAUGAAUUAAAACAUUUACUUGAUCAAAAUAAUAUUAAUGAUUCUGAUCAAAUAACAGUAACUCAAUUUCUAACGUUGAUUGCAUGUAAAGUAAAUGUAGAUGAUAAUAUUGAAGAAUUACAAGAAGCAUUUAACAUUUUUGAUCCAACAAACACUGGUUUUAUUACUAUGAAAGAUCUUUUACGUGUCAUGCAAAGUAUUGGUGAAAAUAUAUCCGAAGCUGAUGCUCAAGAAAUGAUCCGUCAUGCUGAUCGAGAUUUAAGUGGAAAAAUUAAUUUUGCAGAAUUUAUUGAAAUGAUUCGAUAUUCAUGA